GGGGUGGGCGGGGCCAGGAGGCUUCUGGGUUGGCUGAGGCUUUAUUUGCUUCACGGCGGGACAGCGGACGCUCCUUCCCAGUUUGUGGUCGGAGUUCUCUCAGGCCAGCGGAAAAAGCAGCAGCAGGAAAAAGCAGCAGCGGGAGGAGUCAUGGGGUCCUAUCUGAGCACGUUGGGAAAUGUAGCAUUGUCUCCAAUAUAUUUUGUGAUCAACUUGAUCAUGAGACUCUUCUCCAAGCCCCGUCCCGCUAUUACCCUGGAGAAUCCAGAUGUGAAAUAUGCAUUAAGGCUGAUUGACAAAGAGAAUAUCAGCCAUGACACCAGAAAAUUUCGUUUUGCUCUGCCUUCCCCAGAACACAUUUUAGGCCUUCCUGUUGGACAGCACAUUUACCUUUCGACAAGAAUUGAUGGCAAUCUGGUGAUCAGACCUUAUACACCAGUGACCAGCGAUGAUGACAAAGGCUAUGUGGAUCUUGUGGUGAAGAUUUAUUUCAAAGGAGUCCACCCUAAAUUCCCUGAAGGAGGAAAAAUGUCACAGUACUUAGAGAGUCUAAAGACAGGGGACACUAUUGAUUUCCGUGGGCCCAGUGGAUUGCUUGUCUAUAAGGGGAAAGGUGUGUUUGCCAUUCGUCCAGACAAGAAGUCUGAACCUGUUCUUAGAAGAGUGAAGUAUGUUGGGAUGAUAGCAGGUGGAACAGGAAUUACUCCAAUGUUGCAGCUGAUCCGAGCUAUUGUGAAGGACAAAGAUGAUCCCACAAUUUGCCAUUUACUUUUUGCUAACCAGUCUGAGGAGGAUAUCCUUCUGCGCCCAGAACUUGAGGAAGUGCAGGCUCAGCAUUCAGCCCGCUUUAAACUGUGGUAUACAUUGGACAGAGCACCUGAAAAUUGGAAUUACAGUCAAGGUUUUGUGAAUCAAGACAUGAUCAAGGAUCACAUGCCACCACCCCAAGAUGACACUCUCAUUCUGAUGUGUGGUCCUCCUCCAAUGAUCCAGUAUGCCUGCAUUCCCAACCUUGAUAAACUGGGAUAUUCCAAGGAGAUGAGGUUUGCCUACUAAACUGGAUUGGAGACAGGAUGACGUGGGAUAUGUAUGCAGGGGGAAAUAAUGGAAACACCACAGGGAACAAGAUGAAAGACAGAGGAAGUGACAGAUAUGCAGAGGCGUAGGGCUGUAUUCAAAAGGGGCUGCCAAAUUGACUGUCCAGGUUUGGUAUCUUUGUCUCAGCACCACACUGCAAAUAACUGUGUUGUAUACGGUAUUUUUAGCUUUGCUAUGCUAUUAAACCUGUAAUAAGGCCACUGGAAUAUGUUUAACUCUUUUAAAUUAAACAAACCAGGCUCUGGGCAUCACCAAAGAGUUUCUCACCCACAGAUGUAUUUCUGAUAUGGAGUAUCAAGCAGGUUUAAGUAGGAGAAGUGUUUCGCUUUUGCUGUCUCUGCCGCAAAGCUUUAAGAUGAGAGAAUUCAGGAUUGCUGUAUUGAAUGCACACUAUUCAUUAAUUAAAAUUUCAUUAUUGCCUUUGUUGGAAGACUGGCUGUAUGAUUAAUUUAGGAAAAAUUGUAUGUCUGAUGCAAACAUAUAGAGAAACCUAAGUAUAUUGAGAUCAUAGAGCUGAUAUACUUUCCCGUCUUUUCAGUUUCUCUCUGCUCUUUCCCAAGCUUUGUAUACCGAUGUUCCUUAGUUCCUCUCACUCUUUUCAUAAUUCAUGUGAGUUGAAAAGUAGUAGUUUGAAAGAUUUAUGUGGAAUUAGGUUCCACAGAUAUUAAAGUGGAAUCAAAGUUGUUGUAAAUUUAAUUUGGAUGUUAUUUAGUCACUCCGAGAAUUCUGAUUAUAUAGAACAGUGAAUAAAUAUAUUUUCUUUAAAUGUAGUAAUUUGUACUGUGCUCUUGAAGAGAUUUCAUACAAAAAAAACCUUUCACUGUAUUUGGCUUCUGCAUCAUCUUUUUUGACAGGAAAACUUUCUGUUACAAUGCUGGUUCCAAAAAUGGUUCCACAAAGAAAAUGAAUUUUAAAUUCAUCCGAUUUGCAUUUUUUAAAAGAAUGUAUUUUUUCAUUUUUUGGAGAAGAGUGAGCAUCCACAUUUUAAAAAAAGAAGAAACCUGUUUUGUGAUACAAUUUCACAAAAAUUUGCAUGCCUGUAUUCCCAAUUUGGUAACAGUUCAGUUCUUCCUUUUGUUACUGUUUAUUAGCUUAGGGAAGGUAAUAUAAGUAUUAGGAUUUUUUUUUUCAUUACACAAAUCACAGUUAAAUAGAUUGACAGUUUUGUAUAGUAAAAUGGUCUUGGGUGUCUCUCACUCAUUUCAGAAGGAGAACUUGCGUUUAGUCUCUUGGUCACUAUCCAUAUCACAAAAAAUGUUAAUAUGAAAUGUGUCUAGAUAUGAAUCUUUAAUGUGAGAUAGUAUCCAUUGGAUGACUCCAGUAAUGAAAAUGUAACACUUCAAUUUUUUGAAAUUACAUACACAAUGUGAGGAAUAUUUGGUGCUUUUGACGAUUUUCUGUGUCAUGUUAUAAAUCAUGCUAAGCCAGGGUUUAUCCCUGUUGCUUUAGCCAUGAAUUAUCUACUAAAGAAACAAGUUACAGCUGAAUUGUACUUUUUCUCCUGGCCCUUUUGUCAACACCUUCUUAAGACUAAGGAAAUAAGGCAGGGACAAACCAUGGCUCUGAAAGUAAAAGGAAGCCAUUUAAAAGCCACAGUCCACACACAAACAUCAACCCAUGGCUUCUUAUUGUGAUUUCAAGUUGGUUAACAAAUUGUAGAAGCUCAAAAGUUAGCACAUCUUCCUUGAGAUUUGAGAGCUAAAAAUCUCAGAACUUUAUUAACCUUGGCAUUGAAUAUCAUUCCGUCCUCUAAAAGGAAUAAAUUGCAGUAAUCUGACAGAUAAGGGUUUUCUCAGGGCCAAGUGUACAAAGCUGCCAUUUUAAAAAGUUAAGGACAAGGACAAGGGAAUUAGUUGUGCUGGAAGAAUACCAGAGAGCAAAAGCAUUUUUAAAAGGCCACCAGAUCUUGGUAGAUGCCUCAUGUCUACACUUUACUCUUCAAACAGUUACAAAUGGCAUCAUCCCAUAUAGUUUGGCUCUCAAUAUUAGAAGAUCAAGCAUAAAGAGUGAGAAACUUGGGAACAGUUCUGUAGCAGUGUGCACGAAAUGUCUCAAUUGACUUAAGUUCUUGCAGUAAACAAUAAGCAAUGUCAUUGACUUUUUUUGCUUCAUGUUUGUAUCACUGUGGGCAGAAGAGCCUUAACUUUUAUUAUAUGUACUAUUGGUGUCAUUGACUCAGUUCACACGGAGCGUUUUGUAUUACUUAUCCUGCCUAUUCAGCAUUUUUCCAACUAUUUGUGGUAGAAAUAAAAAAAAUUGCUUAAUAUA